CCACGAUGUCAAGUAGCGAUAGCAGCUCAAUCUCUUCCAGCGGAUCUUCAUCAAAUGACAAUAGAAGCUACAACAUGGGGCUUCUAGUACCGAUCAUUGGGGUCGCCGUGUUGCUUCUACUUGGAGGGGUUUGCUGCUGCUGGAUGCAUCGACAGUGGAGGAAGCUCGGACGCAAGGCCGAAGACGGCGACAGCUACCGGGAUCACACGGUGACAAUCUUCCCUCACCUUAGUCAGUCAAGCGAAAUGAGUGACGUCGUGAGUUCCAGAACCAUACAAACAGGAGGAGAAGAGACUUUCUCCACUCGUCAAGUUCCACCUCGAGAAGCGUACGAAUUGGGCUCGGAUUCAGGACCGAACUACAUCUGGAGAAUUCUGCAGGAAGAUCGAAAUCUGACCAGGAUCAGACUCCCUUACAAGGAAAUAAAACUUCGAGCAUUGUUAUCCAAAAGCCAAACCCGUGAAAUUCGAUUGGGCGAGUAUCAGAAUCAACAAGUUGUCGUCAAGCGGUUGCUCAAGACCAAGCGUUCGCAUAUCUUUCACAUCCAGGAGUUUAUUUACCAGAUCCAGAUCCGGUCGACGCUCGAGCAUCCGAAUAUCGUGACGUUGGUGGGUGUGGCGUGGAAUAGCGUAGACGACGUGAUGCUGGUGAUGGAGCACUAUCCGUUGGGAGAUCUGCUCACGUACUUGCAAAAUCACGGCGAGCGCACGUCAUGGGAGCACGGUAAGUACCGACUAGCCAUCGGUAUUGCUCGGGCUUUGGUGUAUCUCCAUAGUCAGCCGACACCAAUCGCUCAUCGCGAUCUACGAGCGAGCAACGUGCUGCUCACCGAGACGAUGAGGUCAAAACUAACGGGCUUCGAUUCAUCGUGCCUCAACGAGCACAGUCAUCGUUGUCACAUUGCUGGUGCGCCGUACUGGUCAGCACCGGAAGUUUUACGUGGCAGACCAUACACCACCAAGUCGGACAUCUACGCAUUUGGUGUGUUGCUAACGGAGCUCGAUACGGUGAACUCUCCUUUCCAUGACGCUGUAUCGCCAAUAGGCACGAAACUUAAACCGAUUCAGAUCUUGAACGAAGUAAUGCAGGGGACAUUGCGGCCGAGCUUCAGUCCGGAAUGUCCUCGACGCAUUCGCGUGAUCGGCGUUGGAUGUUACCAACACGAUCCUGAUCGAAGACCAACUGCAGCACAACUGCUUCGCCUGCUUGAAGCGUAAUUUGUGAGCAAAACAAAUAGCACCUUAAAAACUUUGUUCUGUUGUGAGAAUACCCAAAUCUGGUAGUGUCGGAUACCGGAUAAUGUUUUAAAAAAAAGAACAGUAGUGCCGCAAAAUACAAGAACAGCAAAAAAAACAAAAAA